AUGGCGACUCCUGUAGACAACCAGACUGUUCUGAUCCCUGUCAAAGUCGACGCCUUCGUCUUCAAUUCAAAGGUCUGCGAUGGCAUCCCUCCUGAACCUGCAGGCACUGGAGAGGGCAACGAACCAACCGAGACACGGCUUCCAAUCCCGACAGCGGCCAAGAUCGCGCCAAUAACCCAGCCCAACUACACAUUUUUGCGGCUGGACCGCGAUUAUAUCCAGCCUGAUAUCCAGAAUCCGGUUGACCUGAAUAACUCAUGGCCGUCGGGCUUCAAUUCACGUUUCACUGAUCUUGGGAGCGACACGACGCGAAAGCGCCGUGUCGGUGUCUAUUUACACUGGACUAUGCCACGGCUUUACCGCAGCGGUAUUGCAGCGGCUGGCCCCGAAGUCGCAAAAGGAGCGGAUUUCCGAGAUGCCCGGGCUGCACGGGGCCUCGAUGAUCUCGAAGUCGAAAAUGACAACGGCAACAAGAAUGAUGACCAGAAAAACAACCGCGGUGCGCCUGGGACCGCCAAGGGCUCGUCGCCCUCAUUUCCUAAAGCACCGACGCGAUGGCUCGUCAUCCGGCACAUCAGCGAUCCGUCAUCGAUUAUGCCGCCUAAGGCUCGAGGAAUCGUCAAGGAGUUUACCGCAUGGGUUGUUGAGAGCGACCGGCUCCGCACUCUCGAAGAACUCGGACCUGAGGAGGACCUGCAAGUCGAUGUGUCGCCCUUCAUUAGCGCCGCCGACGGAGGCCUACGUAUAAAGUUGGCCGACAAGAAGGACCAGGAGAAAGAAUUCAAGAACUGGCUCGGUUCACAGGCCGACACGCGGCUUUUGUGCCAUGGCGCUAUGUAUCACGUUAACUGGGAUGUUGAUAAGAAACCGGCCAAGGUCCCAGCAGAUGACUUCUCUAUACAUCUCAACAGCAGCUUGCCAGUUGCUGUUGGCACGACGCCUCUGGACGCGCUGACGACGUACGCGCGGGCGAUGCGCAUGAUAGAUCCGGUCGAUAGCAUCCCGCACAAACUUGAAGAGUAUAUUGGUGCCCUUGAGCGACACCUGCUUGCGCGGGACGAUGGUGUCGAAGCACAGCAGCAGGCGAAAGAUCUGCUCUAUAAUUGGAAUUACCUACGUGGCGAUGGUGGCCAAGCGUGGCAUGCCUCGGGUGCUCAGGAGAAUGGCGAUGGUGGAAACAAGGAUCGCCCCAUCGCGCCUCCAGCUGUUCUCGGUAACCUUCGGCGACUGAACAUCCUUCAGAAACUGCUUGACGGCGUAGAGCGUACCACAGCCCGGCUUCGAUGGGAGAUGUUUGCUCUUUGGUGGUGGCUCGUCUCGGAUGCCACCAAACAGCGUGAAGUCAAGACGGGUCCACGGGUGCGAGACCUGCAUACAAGAGUUGGCGAGCUUGAGAACCGCCGAAGGGAUCUCAUCGCGGAGAUCAAUGGAUUAGCUGGGCCUGAGAAGACACCCAGGACUGUCCAACCGGGAGCAAGGCCUGCUUUCCACCAGCAGCGAGACCCGACCUUGCUUGUUGGCGGCGUCCAGUCUGGUUGGCAGUACGAUUACCUUGAUGAUCUUCUCAUGCGACUUGAAUCUCAGACGGUGACAGCGUUGGAGAAGCCGAAGCCAGUACAGCUAGGUCCUGAUAUACCAAAGCCCGAUGCAACGGAUGGCCCAUCAUGGAGCGAGCUUGAGACAAUUGUGCUUCCCAAGCUGCCGAAGGAACUCCGACCAGCAAUUAAACGGCUCGUUGACGAAUUUGUCUUGCUACGCCCGCAGACGGAGGAUCUUGAGCCGGCGCUCCCUGACAACGUGCAGGCACCGCUCUUCCACGACAAAAAAGAGCAUCGCAACGGCGAUCAGGUCAAAAUGGGACCCUGGCGCGACAACUGGAACAACACACAGCCAUGGUUCCCACUGUUCCUUGAGUGGGAGAUCGAGUAUCACCACGUGCCGUUUGAUCUCUGGACGCUAGCACCUCUCUCGAGCCGCACUCUCAAAACAAAGCGGCUUCGAUACGGCAUCGACGGCAACAAGGUAGAUCUAGAAAAGGAAACGAAGAAUAAGGAUAAGCACAAGAUUCAGGGCCGGGUGCUGAUCCUACCGCAGCCAUCAUUCUCGCUUGAAGCUAAGAUCCGACAACUCUUUGAUAGUACUCCAGCAAGUGAUCUCGGCGAAGACAAACAAGAUCAUAAGAAGGACAGGGAGGACGACAGAGAUGAGAAAAAUAACAAUGACAAGAACGCGGAGAAGUGCAAGGAGAAUAGCGGACUGCUCGACAAGCACAAACGUGAGGAAUUACUUCGCGAACUUCAUCAAUUGUCUUUCCUGUCAGCACCACUGGCUGGGCUGGCGGCGCAUUUGACAACAGUGCAACAGGGCAAUCACAUCAAACCUAAUCUGCGUCACGGCGGUACGGGCGAGGUAGUGCCCAUAAAGGAGGCAGAGCGCAAAGACGGGGGCUUCGAGGCCCCUCAACUCCGAAGUAUCGGCAUCGAAACUGACAAUACUCCGUUCGGAAAGUCCAUGAAAGCCUCCACUACGGGAGAACCACUAUUCAAGCCGGCGACACAUGGCCAAUUUCGCCUCACACGGCUUAAGAUCAUCGACAAAUUCGGCCAGGCCAUCCACGCCAUUGAUCCACGGCCGAGCAAAAACCCGCAGAAGGUAUGGCCAUGCAUCGGUGAGUGGCUUGCGCCGCAGCUGAGAGGAGAUGGUACGGCAAGGGAGCCGAACGUUGUCGAAAGAGAUGAAGGCCUCUCGAGGAAAGAGCUCAGUCAUGAGGAUGGGGGUAAUGGCGAUGACGAUGAUGUGCGCGAUGAGGACCCCAAACCAUGCGAGUUCAUGCAGCUUCCGCCUCAGAUUAAUCAACAAGCCCGCCUAAACGCAACUUUUGUUGUGCGAGCUGACAAGACUGACGAUGCCGACGGCACUGAAGGUAUUAGCACACAGAACGGCAGGCUCCUGCCCUCCUCAAAAGUUUCAACACCUUUCUGGCGCCCAGCAGACGAGUGGGAGAAUCCCAUUUGGGGCUGGGUGGUCAUCAAUUACGCCAACACAGGCAUCCAGCUAUUCCUCCCGGACGGCACCUUCUACCGGGAGGUUCGACUCGCGGGACCAUCGGGGGCCCAGACCUCGCCUGAAUGGUUGCCCUUCCGGCCACCUAAAGCCGGCGACCGUCUGCCCGAAAACCCAGAAAUGCAGCAGCUCCAGCUGCUCGUGCAACGGCUCGGGGGCGAUCCCAACUUUCUCCACGCCUUCUGGACCAUGAUCGAGACGUCCACGUCUGAAAUGGAUGCCGCUGCUGCCCCUGAGGCUUACGCCGAGUUUGCGAGUGCGCUAAUAGGGCGUCCGCUGGCUCUCGUCAAUGCCGGAUGGUCACUGGAACUGGCAGCUGAUGCCCUCGCGAGCCAGGCUGAUGGCGAGCAGGGAGAUGAGGAUGGAAAUCCUAAGACUCGGCCGAGGAAGCCGCCCCAUGGGUUGUUACCGGGCACAGGCAAGGAACAGUACUCAUUUGGCGUCAAGAUUGGUGACAGGCAGCGUGGGUUCGAUGGUCUCGUGGGUUACUUUGAGUGCCGCGAGAGCCUCUCUUCAGAGGAUACUAAAGACCUUGGGCUCGAGCUCAAGAGUAUCCGUUCAGACUUCGCGCCUGGCGGAAACGAGGUGAAAGAAGAUCCUGAUCACCUCCCGCCUGUCGCACAUUCAAAGCUUGUGCAUCUUAAUGCAUACUACGAAAGUCCUGAGCCGCGCAACGUGGUAGAUGCCGAAGAGUAUGGACGUCGACACAACGCGCGACUCAAAGUCUUUGGAGCACUCACGGAUCCGUUUGUACCGCUCCACGUAUACUCGGGGAUCUUGCCCGUGCGUGAACUGUCGUUGCCGCCGUGGACCUGGCAGGGUGCCCUCGCGAGGAUGAAAGCCUUCUUCCACGCUGGCCCCAUCAUUGUCACGAAAGACGUUCCAAACUUUGUCGACGAUCUUGAGCUUGCGCCAGAUGUUGCUGUCACUUUGCCCGACGUGAAGCACGAGGAGGGAGCUGUGGGACUUCCGGCUGUGGCGGGCGGCGACUGGGCAUGGCUGCAGCCGUAUUACCCAGGGGAAGCCAAACACCCUUCGGCCGAGGACAAUGGUGGAAGAGCCAGUGAUGGUCCCGUGGCGUCGCCAGCUCCGAUUGAAGCGCUCGAAAGAUACAUGGCCUUGCCGGUGGCAGCUGAGGACGAGCGGGCCAGAUUUGACCGUGGGCCGUAUACAGCACUGGAGGGAUACCUCAUGAUGGUGGGCCGUGAAAAGAAGUCGGAGACGUGA